CCCUAGACCCUCCCACUAGCAGAAGAGUGACACGCCAUUCAAUCGCUGCCUGGCCCUUCGCUUGUAGGAAGCAGGAGGCAUCUUGGAGCGUUCUCGUACACAAGGAUAAUAAUACUAUCUGAUAGAAACCGACCACAUCUGCGCUGCGUGAAGCAAAAGUUCAGCCGAAUUGUGUCGACAUGGGGAUCCGAAAAAAGACAAACAACAAGAAUCCGCCAGUGCUGAGCCAUGAGUUUGUCAUCCAAAACCAUGCCGAUAUUGUUUCCUGUGUUGCUAUGGUGUUCCUUCUCGGGCUCAUGUUUGAGGUCACCUCAAAGUUUGCAGUGUUAUUCAUAACUGUCCAGUACAAUGUCACCAUAACAACAAAUGGCCCAGAGGAGACAGCCGUGAACCACUUCCACCAUGGCAUCAAGGACUUGGCCACAACCUUCUUCUACAUGCUGGUGGCCAUCAUCAUGCAUGCCAUUAUCCAGGAGUAUGUGCUGGAUAAAAUCAACAGAAAGAAGCACUUCUCCAAAACCAAGCACAGCAAGUUCAAUGAGUCAGGCCAGCUCAGUGCCUUCUACUUAUUCUCCUUCGGCUGGGGCGCAAGCAUCCUGCUUUCUGAAAAGCUCCUGUCCAAUCCAGUCACCCUGUGGGAGGGUUAUCCCCAUACACUGAUGUCAUUCCAGAUGAAAUUCUACUUCAUUUGUCAGCUUGGCUACUGGUUACACGCUCUCCCUGAACUGUAUUUUCAAAAGACAAAAAAGGAGGAUAUUCCACGCCAACUUGUGUACAUCUUCCUGUACCUGGUCCACAUUGCAGGUGCCUACAUUCUAAAUCUGAACCGUCUGGGUCUGGUCCUGCUGGUGUUGCACUACUUUGUCGAGUUCCUGUUCCACGUUUCCCGCCUGCUCUACUUCAGCAACGAGAAGAGACAAACGGGUUUCACCAUAUGGGCCGUCUUGUUUGUCCUUGGGCGGCUGCUCACCCUGUCUUUGUCCGUCCUCACCGUGGGCUUUGGCCUUGCCACAUCUGAGAAUCAAGGAUUUGAUUUGGCUGCAGGAAACUUUAAUGUUAUUUUUGUUCGGAUAACUGUCCUGGCUGCCAUCUGCCUCACUCAGGCCUUCAUGAUGUGGAAAUUUAUCAACUUCCAGCUACGCCGGUGGAGAGAGCAUGCCCAAACUCAAACCUUGAAGAAGAAACAAGUUCCUUCCAAGAGCAAAUCAAAGAAAGACAAAGCCAAUGGAGUAAAUGGAGUGAACUCCCAUGGAGCCGAUUCUCCAAGAGCAAAAAAAGAGAAGUCAUCAUAAAUACAUUCCCUUCUGCGCCCUCUAUUGCCUCCUUCUCAAAGAACCAUCUCCCCCCCCCCCCCCCCCCCCCCCCCCCCCCCCCCCCCCCCCCCCCCCCCCCCCCCCCCCCCCCCCCCCCCCCCCCCCCCCAUACCUCCGCGGCUGUAUCCAGCCAUCAGUCCCUCCAGCUCCUUGACCACCAUUUUCAGUUCCCACAGGACUGACUUCCCAGCUGGACUUCAAGGGUCAGAAUGCAUAUAGCUUUGCUUGUAGCCAGUCGUCCAGCACGCCUUGAUUUAAAAAAGAAAAAAAAUCAGUGCUCCGCUGUGCCAUUUCAAACGAAAAAAGAAAAGAAAUUACUAAAUAAACUAUGAAAAAAGACCUUAUUUAAGAAGUGCCUAUUGAUACAGAUUGUUUUGUACAUGAUGUGUAAUUUAAAAAAUUCAGGAAUGCUGACAUCAGUGUUUGUUUUCUUGAAUCAGGUCAUUCCACGCUUUUACCUAAAUAGGGGUUAUUACAGCUUGUGAUUUAUUUUCCUUUUUUCCUUGUAUUUAUAAGUGCUAGUCGAACUCCUCUUCUUUGCCACUGACUCCUGUCCCUCCUCCUUUUAGGGAUAUUUGUAAACAUUAUAUGGAGUUUAUACAUUUCCUUAUACCUCUUAAUUUUCUGUCAGCGAAGGUUGCAUACCGUCUUGGUAUAAUCUCUGGGUUCACACCACAGACUUUUCAAACUCAGUCAGCAAAACAUUGUUACGUUUUUGCCAUGUCAAUGGCCAACAGACACCUUAAGAUGGAAAGUGGAGUAGCAAGUUUUCACUCGUAGGUAGAGUAGGGAACAGUGUAUUAAAGCAACCAAGGAAAACAGGAGACAUCACCCUGUAAUACUGUAAGUAGAUUCACGUUUCAGUAUUGUGCAAAGCUGCCAGCAAAAACGUAGUAACCUGAUGUAGCGCUUAAUUAUGAGUUUAAAGCAGAUUUGUAAUCAAUACAGAACAGAUUCAUUGCCAUAAAAUGAUACCAAAUUUUGAGCAGUUUUGCCCAUAACACUCAUUGAAUGAGCAGACUGCGUUUUAGUUUUGAGUGAUGAGAAAUUUAUAAGAAAUGGAGAGGAAAAUCCAGCAAAACAUCCCUUUAGUGAGUUUGAUUGAAUCACUGUCUUGUAUGGUCCCUAACCAUUUGCUGUUUAAGUGGACUGGGUUUACUCGGGUUUAUUUGUUUUGCCUUGCAUAUUAUUGCUUACCUUUAAAAAAUGUCCUCUAGAAUGAUUUGUUGUUAAAGCAUGGACUGGGAAUUAAAAAAAUAUAUAUAUAUUUUGUUUGACUGUUUUCCCCCCUACCCACAGAUCGUGCCAAAUGAGCUUGGUUGACUGUUGAUGUAUGCCUUUCACUUACAUGCUGUAAAAUGAAUUUACAAAG